AUGCGCCCGUCUACUGCGAUAGCGAAGCGAAAAUGCUUGGUUCUUACGAAGAAAAUAGCGAGCGUUUUUUCCUGGCGCGCGCGUCCACAUGAUCAAAACCAGAAAACGCCCUCGCCGCCUACCAGCGCGACCGGGUCAUUUACUGCGCGAAUACCUCCAGAGCUUUGGCUCAUUAUCUUCCGAGAGGCGACACUUAUUCCGCUGGAUGAUACGUCACAGGAAGUCUCCUUCCUGGAGCGCGAGCAGUCUACUGCACGUCAGUUCGAUGCGUACCGUGAUAAUAUCCGAGUAAAACUGAACCUAGCAUAUGUUUGUCGUCGAUGGAAUGCUCUCAUGCGAGAGUUUUUGUACGAAUUCAUUUGGAUUGGUCGAAAAACUCAGGCGAAGGCCUUGGCUUACACUCUGUCGUCUGAGGAGGCGAGGGGCUCGCCUGUGUCGAGUGGGUGGUAUAUCCGUCGUCUGCAUAUCGAGACGUCGACACUCGACCCCUGUGCGCCGAUCGAUGUCCGUGACAUUCUGGAUCAUGCGACAAACCUCGUUGUGUACACGGACCAGCAUUCGGUCAAGCAAAACGUGUUUGCGCCAGACCCGGAUGACUGCUCUACUCAGGCAAUCUUCUCACUGUUGGCACAGAGCAGCAAAGAUCUUCGCCGAGUCUCAUGGAAAAAUGAUGAUGAGACGCCAUUGUACAUCCAGAUGUCGGCAUUAUUAUAUCGACCGAGUGCCAUCGAAUACCUAGAGAUCACAUCAGGCUCCCCUGAUCGCGCCGUAUAUACAACACCUGUCCAGUUUCCUGCGAUCGAGCUUCCGGCAUUGCGUUCGCUCAAAUUGGAGGUGGACGACUUCUCCUUCUCUAUUUUGGCUGCUUGGAAAGUGCCACAGUUGCGAAACCUUUCUGUCGUCUCGUGUGAAUUCAACUACCGCGGCGUUGGAUUUUCUUCCUUUUUCCAAAUGCAUGGAUCGUCGUUGCGGCAGCUUGAGCUUGGCCACUCUUCGUCUCUCAUCGAAUCCCAUGUCCUCAACCUCGCGCACCCUGAAUUGCAAUUGGCGAAGUGGUGUCCUAAUCUCCGCGAGUUUAUCUGUAGUGCGGACGCUGAGUGGCACUGGCAAACGCCGGACUGGAUACCACCGCACGUCUUACUACCCACUCAUCCGAGGAUCGAGUUCAUCGGUAUCCGCGGUAUUGACAAACGCCUCGCGGAAUGCGAGGAAACGUUCAUGUUGCUCGAGCAACUCCUUUCUCUGCAGCGUGCCUUGUUCCCGAAUUUGCGCUUCAUACGUGACCUCAGCCCGGAAAGUCACGCACUUCGUACACACCGUCCUAGUGUUCGUAUUGCGUCGUUCUGGUCACGCUUACUCAAAUCUUGUCAAGAGCAAGGUGUAUGGCUCGAGGACCUCCAUGGCGUAAACAUCACAAAUCGUGCGCUGAAGCGUGCGAGCCUCGACCUAUGGUCCCACUAGGUGAUAUUUGCGUUCUUCUCUUUUCCCUAACGUUAUCUUGCAUUGCUUUGUGAAUACGCAUAAAAACCCCGCAUUCUUCACUUCCUCUCUUGUCCUCCUCCAGCGUUGUUAUCUAUAGCAUGUAUUGCGUAUUUGCUUUCGGCUCUCCUUUCCCCUUACGACUCAUCCAAUUUCCAAGACGAUACCCUUACAUCCUUAGCUGUCUUGUACCCUGGAAGUGGCGUUCUAGCUUCUCGGGCCUCGGCUGGCCUUCUUUUGCAUAACAUUGUCUCACAACCGCGCAUCCAACCUUGUACACUCACAUGUCUUCUUGUGCAAUUCUCAUGACCCUAUACCCGUUGUCUCCCCGCGGACACCACUUCGCAUUCAUAUUUAAAGUCUCCACGAACCUCUUCCGUAAACUUAACGCAUUGGCACCAAUCCACAUUCCUCAUUCGCGCUACCGUCUGAGCGUUUCUGCAUGCUGCUCCUAGA